GCCAGAGUUCGACGAUCAGUCCGCGCGAGACGCUUCAAGCGCAAAGAUCGCUCUCUUUUGCGAUCGCGAUCGCGAUUCUUUAUCUUUUUAUUUUAUCUUCGUGAGAGUUCACCGGCGUUUCAUCGGAUUUUGUGUCUUACGAGUAAUCAUUAAUACGAAAGAAAAGACAGAGAAGCAGGCAAACAAAGAGAUAGAGAGAAAGAGAACAACGUUAAUCACGCUGCUACAAUUAAGUUGAAACUCGUGAAAUGGUGAUAGGAACGUUACCUAACAUAUCAUUGACCAUGCCGUCGGGAAGGAAAAUCCCACGAGUCUGUAGCUUGACGGUUUAUGACGUCGAUUCUCGUGUAUCGCAAAUAGAAGAAAAUCCUGGCCUGAUCGAUGGCACGUCAUCAUCGAAUGAAAACAGCAGUACGGAAAAUUCUUCCUCAGGACACUCGCCAUUGGACAGUCCCGGUGGUAUUAGAGAAAGAAUUAAACAAAUGCAAGUCGAAGCCGAAAUUCGACGAGACGAGUUUGCUAGGUUGUUGGAAGAACAUGCUCAAGUCGUAAGAAAAUUAAAAAUGAUGGAAGCGGAAGAACAACUAUCUUCGACGCACGUCGAUGGUACUGCUACUGGAACUGGAACUGGGACCGUAGUUGCUAGUACGCAUGCGUGAUUCCACCCGAUUCCUCCCGAUUCCGCCCGACUCAGCGCGAUUCCGCCCGAUUCCGCGCGUCGACAAAUUCUCUUUUUAUACUCACAAUUAUUAGAUAUAUAUAUAUAUAUGUGUACAUGCGUACAUCAUACAUCAUACAACAUAUACAUACAUAUAUGUAUAUAUCUAGGUGUAUAUACGAAUCUUUUCUUUCUUUUUUUUUUUCUUUUUUUCUUUUUUUGCUUUAUUUUUAUUUCGUUUCGUUUUGUGUUUUUUUUCUUCGAACAGAUAUAAAGAAUUUUUCAGUCUGCGGCGCACAUACAAAGUAAUAAAUACAAUAAAUAAUCGAUCGAUUUUGUCGAGUAAAUGUCAAAUAAUUGACGACUUCAUCCACCGUUUCCAUCUAUAGUUAUGGCCGAUUAUAGAGAACGUAUAUAACCUUCGAAUCACGAGGUUGCUAGAGCAAAAAUAUCUACAUAUGUAUAUAUACGUAUUCACAUAUGUAUAUGUAUGUAAUGUCUUCUCUCUCCACGAUAUUUUCUUUUCUCUUCUCUUAUUCUCCAAUGGAAAAAUAACUUUGAUAGUAAAAUCGCAUCGUAAUGGAAAAAGGAUUGUAUCGAGGAAAAAAAAAAGAAGAAGUACGAAGAUUGUUUCGUUUAGACGCAAUCCUACGAGGAGAAAAAAAAAAGAAAAAUAAUUUAGUGUAAUAAUUGUGACAAUAA